AUGGGAAGCCUUGGGAACGACUCGGACCCUGCGUCCCAACGACACGAGCAAAGCCUGGUUUCAUUCAGACUGCCCGAUGGCAAGACUGAAUUAUGGAUCGAAGCCGUGGCCUCGGGCAAGGGCGUCGCUUUCGAGGUGGGCCAGCAAAGGACAACCCUGUGCCGCUGGUCCAGGGCCGAUGAAGUCAGGGUCUCGCCAGCGAUGGUGAAUGACAACGUGGCUGAGUAUGACAAUGUUUUCGAAUACGAUAUGAGCCAAAGCGGCAAAUCGACGGUCUCCUGGGGUGGUAGCACGAUUGGACAAGAAGAUGUGGCCUUGCUGUGGGCAUCUGUGUACGCUCUCUGGGUGCAUCCACAGGUUCGGGACAGGGACCUGUUUGCUGUUGUCGUGAACAAUGAGAGGCUUGGAGAGUUCCUGCGAUGCACUGGCUUAGGGGUUGUCUCACCAUUCUCCAAGAAGGGGUCCACGACGACUUCAAUCCCCAGAGACACCACAUUCUGGCUCCACCGCGAGGCCUUCUGGCAGGGCGCCGGACAACCAGUCUCACAGAGCUGGGUGCGCUGCCGGCCCGAAACCACCCAGUUCCCUGGGUUCAACGUGACGGGCGACUUCCCUAGCCAGCUAGGUUUUACGAGGAAAGGCAACGUUUGCACUGUUCAUCCUGUACGGCCGCCGAAGCCUAUCCCUGGCACGCUGCUCUACUCUCGCUACAUCGUCGAAGUUGGCCAACAGCUACAAAUCCACCAUAUCGACGCCAGCAACCCGCUACACUUUGAGAAGUACAUGCAGUGGCAAAACUCGGACCGCGUCAACGCUGGAUGGAGGGAGCGCGGUCCCCCAGAGCAUCACCGCGAGUACCUCGCGCAGCAGCUGGCCGACCCGCACACGAUGUCAUGCGUCUUCUCGUGGGACGGCGAGCUGGCGGGCUACAUGGAGAUCGGCUUCGUCAAGGAGGACAAUGUGGCUUGCUUUAUCGGGUCCAACUGCAACAUCAUCGUGGGUGAGCACGACCAAAACACGCACUUCCUCGUUGGCGAGGAGAAGUUCCGCGGCGGCAAGCGGUACCAGGCCGCCAACUCCUCAAUGAAGCACCUGGCCUUUCUGCGGGACCCGCGCACCAAGCAGAUCAUCGGCGAGCCCGAGUACGGCAAGACCAACCUCCAGAUCCAGGAGAGGUUCAUCCCGAUGGAGAAGAAGAAGCGUUUUCACCUACCGCACAAGACGUCGAUGCUGAUUGCGCUGCAGCGGGACCGCUUCUUCCAAGAAGGACACUUUGUGUAA